AUGCAAGUCGAUAUCGGCAACAACACGGUUCGGCAGAACUUCAGCAGCAUCGUCUCCAGUGAGGAGAUCCGUCAGCUCAACGAUCGUCUUUAUCAGGAGUACGCCGGCGGCACAUCUGGCCAAGCAACCGCAGCGAGUCACCAGGAAAGUCGCGAUCUUGGCUUCAGGGAAUCCCAGCGUCGUGCGUAUCCCGACGCUGCUGAAGGAGCAGCCCGUGUACCAAGUCACCACGAAGCCGUCUUCCGCUCGCCUCGUCCCUCGUCCCUCGGUUCCCGCCACUCGCAUCCCCAGCACGCGGUGAGGCAGCACGGCAGCACCUCACACAGCCGCCCUGUGCGGCCGCAGUCGCCUGAAGGGAUCGUUCUUCCGUCACGACAGGGAGUCGUCGGGGUAUCGCAGAUCCACCCAGUACCGUGGAUAGCCAUCCCGGGAAGCAGGGGCACGCCCAUCUACAACGUGUCUGCCUCAAGCGGGGGUAACAGCUCUGCUAUAACUCAGGGUGUGAAUAACUACACUGUGCAACCGCAGUACGCUAAGCCGCCGUCCCCGCAACAGCAGCAGUCACCAGAGGUCUUUCGCAGAGCACGACCGUCGUCGGCGCCGAUGGCCGCCGUCACCUCACCUCAGCGCCGACAACAGGGCUUGCCCGAUGCGGCGCAUAACGGCGACGGGGGCGGCUGUGUGCCAGAAGCCUUAGACGGCGCACACAAGCACGCCGGAGACAACCCCAGUAAAGGGAUGAUCGAGAAGGAGCCCGACAGGAACCGCAGGGACCAUGAAGGCAGCGGCAACUCCAAGGAUAAACCAGCUGCACUGGCCGUCCCAAAGCUAGCACAGACGAAGAUUCAGAUAGGCAUGCGCUUGCGUCGAUGGAUCGUAAUCAACCGCAUCGGUGCCGGGUCCUUUGGAGAGACGUUUACGGCGAUAGAGGUGGACGGCACGGCUGAGGAAGAGGAUAGCCUUACUGUAACCUCAGAGAACUUGAAGCUGGUCGAUAAUUUGCCUCCGCUGGGGGAGCGCAAUGAGGUGUGUAUUAAGGUAGAACAAGAGAACAAAAAUGUACUGCGACUGGAGGCGCUUGCCCUCAAGAAGGUGCAGUCGUGCACCCAGGUGGUGCGCUACCUUGGAAGCGGCUGCACAAAUGGAAUGAAUUUUCUAGUGAUGGAGAAGUUAGGUUCGAACCUGGCCGAGCUGCGACGUCGCAGCCAGCACGGCACGUUCAACAUAUACACAACACUCAAAGCUGGUGUUUCGUGCCUCACGGCGAUUCGCGGAGUGCACGACCUUGGGCUUGUGCAUCGCGACAUCAAGCCGUCGAACUUUGUUACCGGGCUGCCAGGCACUUCACACCACACCACGUGCUACUUGAUCGACUUUGGGCUGGCCCGUCGCUUCCGCCGCUCGAAUGGCGAAAUUAGACCGCCACGCGAAAAUGCUGGCUUUCGUGGCACAAGCCGGUACGCCUCUGUCGCCUCGCACCAUCAUCAGGAGCUGGGCCGCGUCGAUGACCUGUGGAGCUUACUCUUCAUGCUCGUAGAGUUUGCCACCGGCACGCUACCGUGGCGGAAGUACAAAGAAAAGGAUGACAUUGGACGCUGCAAGGAGGAGUCGAUCAGCCCGCAUCUCGUGCGCAAUCUGCCACGAGAAUUUCAGCCCUUCUUAGCUCAUUUGCAGACGCUCCGCUACGAGGAUGAGCCGGAUUACGACCUGCUUCUCACUCUCAUGUAUCGCGCUCUGGAGCGUCGUGGCUACCCAGCGAAUAAGCCGGUCGAGUGGGAGAUCGACCCAUCGAUAGCGGACUCCGGGAUCGACGCUGGGGGAGCAGCUGUGAUCGACAUAGCCGCUAGCGUCCCGCACGGCCCUGUGGCUCGACCUCAAGAUGCGAGCCCGGCACAUGACGUCGUGGGAAAUGGACACUUGGUCGAGGGCGGCGCUAGCGGCAGGCCCCCACAUGUAGGUCCCCAUCGGACAGCACCACAGCCCGGCGAUGUCGAAAUCGCUUCACAAGAGGCUGUGAACACACCCCUGCCCUCAGGUUUGGCGAAUGGCGCAACUGCGUGCAAAUAUCCGGCCGAAGCUGUGCAUCUGCAUAACAGUGGCACAAUACGUGUGAGCGAGGUUGAUGUUGGUGUCUCAGGCGCGGGUCAGGAUAGUGUGCACGUCAACGCAGCGCUUAGUGUAGAUGCCUCCAUGCAGAAUCAAAGGCAACUUCCGCAAGGAGGGACUCCCGACAUUCGUUGUUGUAUAGGGGCGCUUGCCAUCGACAGCAGUGAUACACCGCGCCCACCAUUGAGCUCGGUUGAGUAUAACCCCAAAGAUUACUCUCCGUUCGAAAACGGUCUUGAAUUGCACAAUCGCCCCCCUGCGCCUGUUUCCCAUUCUCACAAUGCGGCAGCUCCCAAUGCCAAUCGAGCCAUCGACGGCUCAGCAGCUGGGCCCUCAGCGAACUCAGCGCUGCAAUCGAAAUUUUUUAGACAGCGGAGAGAGGAGACCGACAACCACAACGGGUUAAAGCUUCACACCAAUUAUGAGCUGCACGCCAACGACCGUGACCCGCUAGAGGGCAACAAAAGGGGGUCAGUCCUACCGUCGAUACGAAUGGGCGGUCGCACCACUGACCUUGACGCCGAUCUGGAAUGCAACGAGCAAGGAAAGACACAGAAAGGGAAGGAAAGCAGGUGGACGCCCAAGAAGAAGUCACGUUGCGAAUGCGUUGUCAUGUAG